AUGAGACCCGAUCAGAACAGACACUCCGUUGGCGUCAAUGAAGCUGCAUAUGCUUCAAACACUCCCCUGGUUGUGCGUUUCGACGAAGAGCAGAUUAGGAGCACGGAGGUUGCGUCCUCGAAUAAAGCGAAAGCGGAAAGAAUGAAAGUCGACCCAAGCCCACCCACACCCAUCGACGAUACGCCGUAUAUACGAUACGCAAUCGACCAAUUGACUCGAGAAGAGAAUGCCAAACCCAUACAGAGACCCAGCACGUCGACGAGCUCCGAGUCAUAUCCCGUCGAUCGAAUUGUCCCGGAUCUUGGGCUAGGGUACAAGCCCUCUACGCGAAGAGAAGAAUUGGCCUUGAUAAGAAAACAUCGUUCAACUCCUACACCAACUUCCGAAGGAGGAAGACUGUUCAACUACAAUGCAACCCGACCUUUAUCAGGCCAUUCAGCCCCAUCACUCGUUCCAUCUCGAGAAUUGUUAUCAGCUGGACCUCCAAACUUCAUUCCUGUGCCUCCUCCAACACACUCCCCGCGGUAUCCAAAACUCACAUUUGUACCAACGAUCUUACGGCCUGCUUCCAUGAUCAUGCUCUCAAUAUCAUGUCUAUUGAUGAUUGCUGCCCUCAUGUUUACGGCAAUCUAUUCGACCUACCAUAAAGGUCUCACGGACUAUUCUGGCGUAUAUGGAGGCCAAUAUUUCGUCUUUGCUUUUUUGCCGCAAAUUCUUGCGGCUUGUAUAUUUGUAUAUGUGCAAUGCGUCAUGUCCGCUAUUACGAGAAUUUUGCCCUAUACGCUGAUGGCAAUGGACGAUGCAGAGAGCAGGGCCAACGCCCUCUUUCUUGGAAUAUUUCCACGGACCAUGCUAUGGCCUGGAUUGCAAGUUAUACGGGUUGAAGGCCUUUGGAGAUGGACAACUGUGCAAGGCAUUGCUUGGACACUGGUUGCGAUAUAUAUACUGGUUCUCAUGGGGGCUGCAAUUUUGGCCUUGUUUUUCUUCCACCGCAGGACCGGCUUGAUGUGGGAUCCUCGUUCGUUGGCGGACGUAAUUUGUUUAUUGCCACGGAGUAAUUGCUUGGGGGAUUAUAACGGAACGGAUACUAUGCUCAAGGACGAGCUUCGAGAUCGGUUGUCUUUGAGAAGUGAACGCAUCGGCUUCUGGAUGACACAACAUAGAAGCCAGGGGCUUUUCUACUGCAUUGGAGAGGAGGGUACAGCGACACGGCGGUACACUCUUGAAUCUGGCAAGGUCCAGGAGAAAAGUAUCGAACCAUCAGCCGAUCUUGAGAGCAACAUUGGGGAGUACAGUGAGCAAGCACGCUUUGCAUAUAUCACGUGGUAUCUUCGCGACACCUUCAUUGUCUUUUGGGCUGUGGCUAGUUUCCUAACGUUGACGGCCUUGAUAAUUGUAUCAUUCCUCCCCUCGACAGCCAUUCGGAAGGGUUUCAAACCGCUGUUGUCAGCCGUAGCGGACAUUCAUGGGUUUUCUCCGGCGAACUUCUUUUACAGCUUCAUACCUGCUGUGAUUGGUAUGCUGCUUUAUCUUUUGUUCCAGAGCCUUGACAUGAUUCUACGAAAGCUACAGCCAUGGGCGGAAUUGGGGAAAUCACAAGGGGAGACUGCCGAUCGAUCACUGCUUCUCGAUUAUACAGCCGACCUUCCUAUCAGCUGCACCCUCAAUGCGUUUUCCGGUGGACACUUACGUAUUGCCACGAUGUCUUUGCUGUCAUUCGUCUUCAUCCUCCUUCCAAUUCUCGCUGGGGGAAUAUUUUUCCCACUUACGACUCCGGCAAACGAGGUCCGCAUGAUCCCAAACUUACCGGCCUUCUACAUAUGCAUUGCACUCUUGAUCCUCUACGUCCUUGGCCUGUUUAUGCUCGUCCCAAAUCGACGCCUUAUGCACCUCCCACAUAACGUUGACUGCCUCGCGGAAAUCAUCAGCUUCAUGCACGCCAGUCAUAUUCUGGAUAAUGAUGCUGCCUUCAGAGCCCCAAGAUCUAAGGCCGAUCUAACAACCAGGCUCAUGGUAGCUCGGACGGAUGGACAAAACGCAAAGUAUGCGUUCGGAUCAUACAAAGGACGCCUUGGAAAAUAUUGCUACGGGAUCGAAAAACUUGGCCAGCCGGACGUUCGCAUUCAGAUAUGA